AUGAGUGGCAUAGCUCUACAAGGCCUCAGGUGUCAUGCUUGUCGAAAUGCCGCAUUUCGCUCUUUUGUUGCCCUGAGCGGUGUCUCAAUACCUCCACGACCCCGGUCCUCUGUAUCCUACUAUGGUUCCCGGCUUUAUCAAAAAGAUAUUCAGGCAACUGGAAGACGCCAAUUUUCUGCCCUGAAUUCAGUGAAUUCCCAAGCUGAAAGCGACCUCUCAACGAAAACUGAAGCAAAAGAGACAGAAAAUCCCGAAGUCCAUAUCCCAUGGUAUCUACAAGACGAGUCCCAUACGCCUACUGCCCACCCUCUUAAACAGCAAGAGUUACCUCCCCUUCCGGAGAAUCCACCUCCUUUAUUAGAGAAAUUAUUAACCUACGUAUCCGUUGAUGCUGGCCUCGAUGAUAUUUCCCUCCUUGACCUCCGAGGUCUUGAUCCUCCGCCUGCCCUUGGUGCAAACCUCAUUAUGAUAAUUGGGACAGCCCGCGGUGUAAAACACCUGAAUGUUGCAGGUGAUAGGAUGUGCCGGUGGUUACGAAGCAACUUUCAACUCAAACCAACAGCUGAUGGGCUCUUGGGGAGAAACGAACUGAAGAUAAAAUUACGGCGGAGGGCGAGGAAGGCUAAAGUAGCCAGCGAUGCGGCCUCCCUGAACUCUCGUGAUGAUGGAAUAACGACGGGUUGGAUAUGCGUUAAUGUAGGAGAUGUUGAGAAUGGCCCAAUGAAGACCAGUGAUGCUCAUACACGACAGUUUAUUGGAUUUGGGGGCCCCGGAGACAAAGUUCGUAUCGUUGUGCAGAUGCUUGUUGAGGAAAAGAGAGCCGAACUUCAACUUGAAACCCUUUGGGGAAAUCUUCUUAACCCAGAAGCUGGGGAGAGGAGCACGGAGCUUCGUGAUGAUGUUUGGGGUAAAUCGUCCCCAGAAGGAACCAGUUCUGGGAAGGUUGGCGAUAGCAUUGCCUCUACGUUCAAUCAACGGUUUCCCGGGAGGAGACAUAUGCACACUCAAGCUCGCCCUGAGAUACUCGAACGGCUACCCCAGGGAUUGUUCAAUGAGAAUAUUCAGCACUCCAAAUCUGAACAAUUAACUACAAUAGUAAGCACAUCUAUGGCAUCCCCAAAUGUCUCUUCUCUGUUAGAGAAAUUAUCUCAGCUACCGGAGGAAGAAGCCCGUCGGGAGCUUGGUUUUGGGCCCGGCGAUAGAGAUUCUACUCUGUUUUUACGGCUGUUUUACGAGGCAGUGUCGAAAUCUGACACAAAAACAGUCCUUAUAGAUAAGCUCUCAUUCAUCCGCGCCGCUGUUCUUCUAAAACACCCCGCGUAUAGCAAAACGGAUCUAUACCAAGCAUUCAAAAAUAUGGCCACGUCGGGAUGCGAUAUUUCGGAAGAGCUGGCAAUGGACACCGUUCGCACUCUCUUAUCAUUCCAGGGCUCUAAUAUUGUUCUUGUGGAACGCGUCCCUGACCACGAUAUUGACCUGGCCCUGAGAGUUCUCGAUCAUAUGAGCCUUCGUGGGAUUCAAAUAUUUAACGGAGAAGUUUUUUACUUACUCCACAAAGCGUCGGCAUUUCGAACCCAUGUUCGUCCAGCGCGGGCCGUCUCCAAUGACGAGAAUACCUCUGUGGACACGAGCGCAGCUUUAGAAGUACCGGCCGAAGAAUUCGACCACGUCAACACUGUCCACCAACGGCUGAGCAAGAUCAUGGCUUCAGCAGAUGUAGAAUUUAACUACAAAGACUAUCCAGACUUGUUGCAGAUGUACUUUGAACAUGGAAACUACCGAAAAUUUUGGAGCCUAUGGCAACGGAUAUCUCUCAUGCAAAUUCCACGGUCGAAGGAGCUCUAUAUUCUUUUGUUCCGCCUACACGCCAAAUUGGGUCACCAACGUCAAGCUGCCGAAUGCCUUUCAUCUUGGGUACCGAUGAUGGCCCGAGAGGAACCACCAGUCGAGAAUGAUGCCGAAUUAACAAAAGCUAUUAUGGCCUGCAUGUUAGUGGCAGAUCCUGCCAUUGACCAAAAGGUCGAUGAUGGAACUAUGAGCCAGUUUACUCGCCUGUGGAAACAAUGUCUGCGUGACCUUGAAGAUUCAAAGGCUACAAAGGCCCAAUAA